AAUGGAGAAAAUACUAGUCGAAUCUCAGGAUGGACCUGUAGUGUCAUGUUUAUCUAACCUUCUUCAAACGAGUGCCGAUGAGGCACUCGCAAGUCGUGAUAUAUUUAAAGUUGGAUUAUCAGGGGGGUCAUUGGUACAGUUAUUGGCUCAAAGCUUACCUAACAUUUCGACUGAUUGGAGUAGAUGGUAUUUCUUCUUCUGUGAUGAAAGAGUUGUUCCUUUUGAUAGCAGUGAUUCUACUUAUGGAGAAUAUAAGUCAAAGUUAAUUGGGAAGAUACCAACAACUGAAGAUCAGUUUAUAAAAAUUAACCCUGAUCUGUCUGCUGAAGAUGCUGCAAAAGAUUACAUUAAGAAGAUGUCUGUAUUUUUUCCUCCUGAUCGUGUUCCAUGUUUUGAUGUGCUUCUUUUGGGAUUGGGUCCAGAUGGACAUACAUGUUCCCUUUUUCCUGGUCAUAAGCUUUUAAAUGAAGCAAGCUUAUGGGUAUGCCCUAUUAAUGAUUCGCCUAAGCCACCUCUAUCUCGUAUUACUUUUACUCUUCCUGUGAUAAAUAAUGCAAGGAGAUGCAUAUUUGCUAUUACUGGAUCUAGUAAAGCUGAAAUUGUUAAGAAAAUUUUGCAAGAUAGAGAAAAUUUACCAGCUGCUCGUGUGCGACCAUACAAUGGAGAAUUAUAUUGGAUCCUAGAUGAUGAUGCUGCAAAAUUGUUAGAAAUGGCUUAAACAGCAUAUUCAAUGAAAUUAACUAAGACAUUCCAUAUUGAUAUUAUGUCCUAAUGUUCAGCA